AAUUCAAGAAUGGUGUUGCCGGUUACGUUUUUUAGGUUAAACAAAUCAUCAAUAAAUUUAUUUUUGUUAUUUAUACAUGAAUCUAGAGGGUAAUUUAGUGGUUAAAUUUAUAUUCCAAAAAUGGACAAUAGGAUAACAAUAUGUGAUCCAGACGACGAUGAGAUUGAUAAUAUAUUCGAUGAUGUUGAGCCUGUAACGUGGUUGAACGAUGAUCCUGAUUUGGAGGAUAUAAACACGUUCUUUCAUCGAGUUGAUUCUGAUCAGAUUAUUUAUGAGGAGAAGAAGAAGAGGUGUAAAUUAAUUGGUAAAUAUGUUAUGGGUGAUUUGCUGGGGGAGGGGAGCUAUGGUAAAGUCAAGGAGAUGCUGGACUCCGAGACACUCUUCAGGAGGGCUGUCAAAAUACUGAAGAAGAAGAAAUUGAGGAGGAUACCCAAUGGCGAGCAGAAUGUCAAAAGGGAGAUAAAGUUACUCAAGAGAUUGAAGCAUAAAAAUGUUAUUGAACUUGUCGAUGUUUUGUACAAUGCAGAGAAGGAGAAAAUGUAUUUAGUUAUGGAGUUUUGCAUUGGUGGACUGCAGGACAUGCUGGAUUGUGCGCCAAGCAAGAGGUUUCCCAUCUGGCAGGCCCACAGUUAUUUCACUCAACUUGUCGACGGUCUCGAGUACCUCCACGGCCAGGGGAUCAUUCACAAAGACAUUAAACCAGGAAAUUUGUUGCUGACACCUGGUGGAACCCUCAAAAUCAGUGAUUUUGGGGUUGCUGAGGCGUUAGAUCCCUUCGCCAUUGAUGACACGUGCACAAUGGGCCAAGGCUCACCCGCAUUUCAACCCCCGGAGAUUGCGAAUGGCUGUGAGACAUUUGCUGGGUUCAAAGUAGAUAUUUGGAGUAGUGGAGUUACUCUAUACAAUAUAACGACUGGGUUGUAUCCAUUCGAGGGAGAUAACAUUUACAAAUUAUACGAGAACAUUGGUAAAGGGGAGUACACGAUACCAGAUGACGUUGAGGACGAGCUGGCGUCUCUGCUGAUGGGGAUGCUGCAGAAGGAGCCAGAAAAGAGAUUCACGAUACAGGAGAUCAGGCAUCAUCCCUGGACGAUUUGUCGUUUCGAGAGAACCAACGAGGAAGUUGCUGUGCCACCUCCCAAGGGCAGUACAUGCCACAGAAUGACUGUUUUACCUUACCUCAUGGAAUACUAUUACGGGGAAGAUCAGGAUCCUAUGUAUUAUACAGAGAGACAACUCAAUGAAGAAAGGAGACUGCUAGAGUUGGACAGAGCCAAUAGCGAUCAAAAGAGCAACUCCAGCAAAACAAAUUCACACAAUCCAAAAAGACGAUGGCGCAAGUCAAUCUCCUGCAUUAGCGUUAAAAAAUUCACAUCCUGCAAACCCUCGUGAUUCAACAUAUUUUAUUUGUCAUUAAGAAAAUCCGCACUCUAUCCAAAUUGAUGGAAGAACCAAGUGAAAAUACCAAGAAUGGCUUGAGUUGAGAAAAGUGCUGAAUACAGUGGCAUAAAGUGGAAGGGUAAACGUUAAAUUCACCAAUUUUCGUUCGCCCCCCGAUUUUAAAGAAUGUAUUGAGCAUAAAUUUUUUGUGAUAUUAAUAUUAAUUACUUCGGAUAAGUGGAGCUGAGGGAAUCGUCAGUAAUAAUUCCAAAUGGAUUGUAGAAAUAUCAAUGGUAUCGUCAUCAUGCUGUGCCAUAAGAACUAAAGCGUAUUUUCCCAAUCUGCCAAAACAUUUUCGCAUUAAUGAAAUUUUCGUAAUCUAUUUUUUAAUUAAAACCUUUUAAAUUUCUCGUAUCCAGCACUUUUCCAUUUAUUUUUUUAACGUAAAAAUGAAGACAAAAUAAUACAGAUAUUUUAUUUUCUCCUCGAGUUAUUGAAUUGUUGAGACGUUAUUAGAGUUCUAUUGAAUGUUUCCACGUGAAUUUAAGGGAAAAAAAAGAUUGAUGAGGGGACAAAAAUACAGAAAAUAGUCUUGUGUGAGAGUAUAUGUGAAUGUGUGAACCCCAGUGAUUGCAUUUUGGAUUUCACUAAUUAACAUGACGUCGAGAGAUAUUGGGGAGUGUAAAAAAGGGUGAGAGUUACCCUGAUGAGUAAUUGUGUGAUCACAACAGGACAAAUGGAUGAUGAAGACACAAAGUAUUUCUUAGGCCUUCAAAGUACCUUACUUUGCACACAAAUGCCGUGCAUUAUUGUAUUAAAAUUAUGUACAUAUCUCAGUUGUUCCCUUGAAUUAUUUUCAAGGCUGAGCAUUUAAUUAAUAAUCGCCUACAUAUUUAUUAUAAAAAUCUUUCUUCAUUCGAUCAGUGAUGCAGAGUCACUGCACAUUCUAUUUGUAAUGACCAGGGGUGGUGAACAGCCAAAAAGAAUAUAUUAAAACGUGUAAAUAGAUUUUUUUUUUCCUACGUUUAACGGGAGAACACGUGAAUGGAAAUGAUGAGUUUUUAGAGAAUUCUAAAAGUGCCAUGAGCUUGCCUUUAGCCAUUUUUGUUAGCAUUCGUGGGACGUUAAAUUGAUGGAAAAUAAUGCUGAUGGAGGAUACAAUUUUUUUGUUAUUUAGUUCAGUGGUGGAGGGAUGAAACGUAAUGAACCGAUUUUUGUGAACUUAUGAUUUUCUUUCGUUUGGAAAUUCUAUGUUUUUUAAGGCGAUUUUUGUUGGGGAUUGUGUAAUUUUGAUGAGUGAUUUUUCAACUGACAUUUGAAAAAAGUCUGUUUUCUGGAAAAUGCAGAACAAAAUUGCACGAUUUUAAAUAGAAAUUUACGCAACAAAUUAGUAGAAUUUUAAAUAAUUUCAAUAGAUUUUACAAUCUAGUUCUUCAACGAAUGCAAAAUCAACAAAAUUAAUAAAUUCAUUAUACUAAUUAUUUAUUUAAUAAUAAAUACUGAGGGCAAAACAAAGUUAUAAAAAUUUGAUUGCGAAUCAUUACGUUUCCCAUCUCUCCCGAAUAAUUUGGAAAAUGAAAAAAAAAACACAUUGUCAGUGUUCAAAUCGAUAAAAUCGUGUUCACGUUAUCAACUACUGUUUAUAGUCAACGAAAGAUUUUUCGUAUUACCAAUGUGCCGGCCAGGAGGACUUUGAAAACAAAUUUUGUUUUUUCGAAUAAAUCGAAGAAUCCGAGAUAACUGAUGAACAUUGUAAAUAGGACAAGCCUGCUGACAUUAAAGUACAAAUUAAGAGGAUGAAUGAAAAUUUGACUCAGACCUGUGUGGACCUGCAUAAUUACACACACGAAAAAAUUCCAUAGAGAAUUCUAUUGAAUUUCUAUUGAAUAACAGAGC